GUAGACCUUUCCAGGUCUAGAGACCGCGGCAUUGACUGUGGUUCUGCCCUACAGAAUCCAGCACCCCGACACUCGCGCAGGAGCGCUCCUCCCGGGAGGCACCUUGCACGAACUAGGACAAGUGUGACUGAAUGAAUGCUGCUCCCACGCACAGCAGACCUGGGGGCCUUGCUCAGGCCCGGAAGCCCCUGGUGGAGAAGAAGCGCCGCGCGCGGAUCAACGAGAGCCUUCAGGAGCUGCGGCUGCUGCUGGCGGGCGCCGAGAGCGCGAGCAGCUGCAGACGGAAGCAAGCGAGCGCUUCGCGGCUGGCUACAUCCAGUGCAUGCACGAGGUGCACACGUUCGUGUCCACGUGCCAGGCCAUCGAUGCCACCGUCGCCGCAGAACUCCUGAACCACCUGCUCGAGUCCAUGCCUCUGCGCGAGGGCAGCAGCUUCCGGGAUCUGCUGGGGGACGCCCUGGCUGGGCCUCCGGGAGCCCC